UGGCAUUCUUAGCCCGGCCACAAGCUGAUUGGCAGAUGUUCUGACCAUAAGGUGGUCGUCAUAGUACGAGAAGCCGUUCGGAGACGGAAGCCAGACGAGCCCUAGACUCCAGACCCUGUUCCCUGAACUCUGCCCUCGGAUGUCCGACCGCCCAGAGCCUGCAUGCGCCGUGGGGCGCCCCAGGACCAGGAGCUGGUGGGUCCGGGGGUCCCUGGGCGUGGGUCCCGGGGUGCCCCUCCUCCCUCAAGACCCGUUGUCCCGGUGCUCGUCUUUCCCCCGGAUCUAGUAUUCAGGGCUGACCAAAGGAGCGGACCCCGGCAGCUGCUGACCCUCUAUAACCCCACAGGAACUGCGCUUCGUUUCCGAGUCCUGUGCACAGCACCUGCCAAAUAUACGGUGUUUGACGCAGAAGGAUAUGUGAAACCGCAGUCCUGCGUUGACAUUGUAAUUCGCCACGUGGCCCCCAUUCCCAGUCAUUUUGAUGUCCAGGACCGUUUCCGAAUUGAGCUGUCUGAGGAGGGGGCUGACGGCCGAGUGGUGGGUCGAAGGGACAUCACCUCGGUUCUGAGGGCCCCAGCAUACCCCCUAGAGCUUCAGGGACAGCCUGAGCCAACACUCCACCCAGAGCCUCCUUCCUGGACAGCACCACCCCCGGCCAGACACUUCCAAGAGAACCCCCGCCAGCAACUGGCCACCAGCUCUUUCCUCCUCUUCUUGCUGACGGGCAUAGUCUCUGUGGCCUUCCUGCUGCUACCACUUCAUGAUGAACUUGACAGCCAGCUGCCUCAAGUCCUGCAUGUUUCCCUGGGACAAAAGCUGGUGGCAGCCUAUGUCUUAGGCCUCCUCACCAUGGUGUUCCUCCGGACCUGAGCUCCCUACUCAACCCCAUCCCCCCUCUCCUACCCGGCGUCCUGAGGUAGCCACUGUGAUGCUCAUACCUUGCCUCAACUCUCGUCUCCUUCCUGCCCACCCCCAUACCCCUCACCCCAAGAAAAUCACCCAGGGAUUUGUACUCAUUUUCCAAGUUGAAUAAAAUAAAGUUUUUCAAUCAAAAUGA